UACACACAAAAUAAAAAAUAUUUCUGUAAGGGUUCAUGGCCAGGCUGUUCUGACCAAAUAAAGACAGAAGCUAAAAACAAGUGGCUAAAUUCAGGAAGAUUCUCACUGUUUGAUGACACCAAAUCAGCAGUGUUCAGGGUGAUGAUCAGAGAGCUCACUGUAGAGGACACUGGGACGUACCAGUGUGGAGUUGAUGUAAGUUUGAGUAACGACGUUUACGCAUCGGUGGAACUGAAGGUAAAGGAAGAUCUGUCCUAUGAGAAGUCCAUCAGUGAGACUGUCCAUGUAGGAGGAGAUUUGAACUUCAGCUGUAAAUACCCAGUAUCCCUCAGGAAUGACUCCAAGUUUCUCUGCAAGAGGCUGCAACUUGCUGAUUGUUCUCAUAAAGCAUCUGUUAAUGAAAGUAGGAAAGAUGUAAAUAUGAGGAAGUUCUCCCUGUAUGAUGACAGAGCAAAACAAAUCUUCAGUGUGAGUAUUAAAAAUGUAACUAAGCAGGACUCUGGGGAAUACUGGUGUGGAGCUGAAGCAGCCUGGAAAUCUGAUCAUGGAUACAAGAUGUAUUUCACACAGAUCCACCUCACAGUUACUGAGCCACGUGUCUCAGGUUCAACCUCAAAACCAACACAACCUUCAUCAUUAUCAUCAUCAUCAUCAUCAUCACCAUCGUCAUCAUCAUUGUCAUCAUCAUUGUCACCAUCGUUGUCAUCAUCAUCAUCAUCAUCACCAUCACCAUCGUUGGCAUCAUCAUCAUCAUCAUCAUCUGACCUUAUACAAGCUUCUCCUCCUGCAGGAUUACCAGCUUCCACUAUGAUCACUGUGUCUUUAAUUCUGCUGCUGCUGUUUCUGAUUGGAAUCGUAUUCCUCACUUUGACUCUACAAAAGAGACAUAAGAUGCAAGCAGGGACAGCUUUAAUUGACCAGUGUUCUGUCCAAAAUUCAGGAAAUGACCAAGGGGUUCCUCCUGCUGUCUGUGAGUAUGAGGAGAUUAAAGACACUAGAUGUCUUUCUGCCUCAGAUGCUGGAACUUCCACAGAGUUCUCUACUGUUCAACUACCCACAAUCUCCUCUGAUCCUCAAACUCUUUAUGCAAACACAGAGUUACCCACAAGUCCCUGUGAUUCUGCUGUUCAUUCUACUGUUCAACUACCCUCAAACCCUCCUGAUCAGGACAUCUACUCCACAGCUCAGUUACCCACAUGUCUCUCGGCUGAGAAAUCUGCUGAAGAUCUGACUUAUGCAACAGUGAGUUUUUACUCCAAUGCCACCAGCUCUAAUAAUGCAGUUCCACAGAUGAAGGAAGACGUCUCUUCUUACUAUGCUUCAGUCAGUCACGUUACUUCAUCUGUUUAGUUUAGCAUCAUUAGGGCUCCACUCAUGUGUCAUUGGAACUCUACUGUUUUGUUCAGAUACCCUUUCACUUUAUACAAUGAAGAUACCUUGUUCUUAUUCUGUUUAUUCUUUAAAAUGAUCCAUUCCAUUUAUCGCACCCUGAGCUAAUUUACAUGGUAUAAGUAACCUAGGCAUUUUAAUCUGAAUUACCUGAUAACUUCUGGCCAUUAUUCUCACACAUGUUUUAUGCUGGAGGCUGUUAUUUCCUUCUGUAAGAGUGAUAAGAGCAGGUUAUUUUUGUUCACAUGCCAACAGCCCAAAUGUAUCAGGUGGUAUGUGAUGGAGCUCUGCGAGGUAGCCAGAAUCCUGCAGGCAGUGUUAAAGACCAGUCACAGUCACUGGUUGAAUGGCUGAUCCUGGUGGUUUUAUGCUUCCUGAAGAUGUUUCUGCACAAUGGGGCCUUCACCUGUAUGUGUUCCUGUAUUCAUGUGGGCCAGACUGAGGAGGGCAGUGCUAAUACGUGAGCUAGUGAAUCUCAGACGCAGAUCUAUUAAUUUCUAUUCUGAUGAAAAUAUAUUCUAUCCCUCUUCAGAAAAUCUUCCUUCUUCAUGUAACAUGUUUUGAUAUGCACAUGAUUCUGACAAAUCAAUGAAUCUGCAAAUUAGUCUAUGACAUCAACUGGUGACUUCUAGUGGCUUUUUGAGCAUGCAUUAGCUACUUUCCCCUGCAAAGGUGUGGCAAAACUUCUCUCGGGCAAAAUGUAGACACUGACGUUAGAGGGAAAUGAAGAGUGUCUCAGUGUUCGAUGCUCGGCAAACUGAAGUGCACUCGUGUGGAAGUUUCUCUACACGCUCUUUUUUAAUGAUCACGCUCACUGAUACUGUUCUGUGCCCUCAUAUCUGCUGUUCUCCAGCUCUCCAUUUCAUAGUAGAGAUACUGCUUCUGCCAAGUGUGCUUAGUCAGAAACAUAUUAAUGUGUAUUAUUGCUUUUUUAUUUGAUAACUGAUGUAAUAUUAUUGAUGUAUUGAUGUUUAAUUAAUUAUGCACUGUUCAAUGUUGAUCUUAUCGCCAGGACAUUAAAUAAUAAAAAACGUUAAUAAAGUGCACAUAGUGUUUCUAAGUAGCCAAGAAAGUAGUAAGUUAUCAUCUGAGGCCUUUAUUUAAAACGUUACUUUUUACAGUAGCCUGUAUUAUUCAGCAACUAUUGUGAAUUAUUCUUGUAGCAAAAAUAUGAAGUUACAAGAGCGAGGACUGUAAGUCUGGACCAGACAACAAAUCCUUUUUUUGAGAUUUUAAUAGCAGAUCAUAGGUUGAUAUUAAAAAAACUAAACGUCACACGGGCUAUGUUUAUAUGCAGUCUAGUAACACAGUUCAUAUUACACAUUUGAAUGUUUUAAAAAUAACUCAGAGGUUGGAUUGGCAUCAAACUAACACCGUAAGGCACAUACAGGGUGUGAGAUGACCUCAGUAAAUUUCAGUGUUUAAUAUUCACCAGAAACUCAGAGAGGAUUCAGAACUUGAGCACAGUAAAAAAGAUGUAAUGACUUUAAUAAAAGACAUUUUCCACAACCAGAUGAACCUUGUUACUGAAUAUCAGGCAAAUAUGAAAUACUAAGUGGUGACUUUACUGCAGUGACAAACUCUUCUUCUCAUUGCUGUUUAAAAAUCACAUUUGGAUGAUGUUUUUUAUUCUAAUAAAAUAUAUUGUUCAGUUUAAAAUGUAUCUUUCUUCGUCUGUUACACACCUUGUGCUCUAGAGGGCUAGGAGAAGUACACACUGACAUGGAGUAAUAAGUAUCCUCAGUAAAGUUGAUACUGGAGCACUGAGAGGAAAAAUAUCUCAAAUAGCUCAUGUUUGUGCCAGAAAUUUGAAAGCAUUUUUCAUUGCGGUGAUGUAUUUCACACAUACACUCACUGUACAGCUGUUACUAAUGAAGGCAAAAGGAGAAAUUAUUACUGCAUCACUUUAAAAACAAUAAUCAGAAUACUCACAGAAACAUUAAGUACAGUAUCAUGAUUAGGGUGAAAAUUACAAAAUGAUAAAACGUUCAAGCUCAAACUAAACUGAAACUAAACUAAACUGAAACUAAAACACCACAAUAUAAUAACAGUCUGUAUUAUAUAUUUAUAGCAUUUGCCCUUAUCUACAGCAGAUGCCCUUAUCUACAGUGACUUACAGAAGUGCUGCUCUCUCAUUAUUAACAUUUUUAAUCCUCCAUAGUGAAUACUGUUGUGUUCAGUUUAAACUGAAUAUUUCUUCCUCUGUUAAACACCUUGUCCUCUAUAGGGCAGUAGAGGCCUUCUGGUAGCAGUAAACAUUGACAUGGAGCAAUAAAUAUCCUCAGUAAAGUUGAUACUGGAGCACUGAGAGGCAAAAUAACUCACAUGGAGAAAGAUUCUCAGAUGCAGAAUGUUAAUAUAAAACACUCAUACACAUUCAUAUAAUUGUUUACACGUUGUAACUGACCAGAGGUUUAGUUUUGUGACAGUAAUUUGAAGCUUUCGUAUUGCGCUUGGGUAAUUCACACAUAAUUCACACAUAGCUCUUUCCGACACAGCUAGAAGGGGAAGUGGGUGCAGCAUCACUCUCUGGUUAAGACACAGAUGAAGACACAGCACAUUCACAGAGCGGGACAGAGACAGUAACAGUGUGUAACAGAACAGGAGCUUUAAUAUCUUUUUAUCUUUUUGAAGUGGAGUUGGUGUGGAGAUCUGUGAGUGUGAACUCAGGAUGAAGAUCCUCUUCAUCUUCACCCUCUGUCUGAUCUCAGAUGGAGGAGCCUCCAAGGAAGUAACAGGAUAUUCAGGAGGAGGAGUCCUUAUCAAGUGCAA